AUGGAGGAAAAAGAUGAAAUACGAUUGCAGAUAUUUAACGGCGACGCAUAUGACAAAUGGAAAUUCCGAUUAAAAUUGUACCUGCAAAUGAAAAAAUGUAAUGAAGUCGUAGAGAGAGAAACCAGGCCGUCUACGAUCACGGAAGAAGCGUGGAACACGAAUGAAAUCAAAGCCAAAAACUACAUAGUAAACAGCGUUUCCAAUACGCAGUUGGAACUAAUUUUAAAUGAAGAAACUGCGAGAGAAAUGAUUCUUAAGUUCGAUAGUAUCUACGGCACUAAGAGUUCGGCAAAUAAAUUACUCAGUAAAAAACGCCUAUUAGAACUGAAAAUGAACGAAAGUGAGGACCCAAUGGAGUUCUUAAACAAAUUUGAGGCCCAUAUAAAUGAUCUCAUACGAUGUGCGGAAACAGUGACGAAGGUAGACAAACUCAAUUAUUUACUGUUAUCAUUGCCACAGUCAUAUUCUUAUAUAGUGGACAUCAUCGACGCUCUUCCAGAGCAUGAAAAGUCAGUUGAAUACGUAAAAUCGAAAUUGCUCUUAGAACAGAAGAAAAGGGAAACAGACAGAGGGAAUGGACAAACAUUCAAUACCAGAACCGAGAAGAGAAAGUGUUACAAGUGUGGAAAGACAGGACAUCUACAAUACAACUGCAGAAGUGUAGGAGGUGAUACUGGUUGGAGAACAAAUCAUUCAAGGCAUCCUCUUGCAUUGAGAGGACAAGAACAAGGACAGUACAACGGAAGAGGCCAGUAUAGAGGUAGAGAGGUCAACAGCGAGGUCAAGGUCACAGAGGUUCAUGGAGAGGAAUGGCAGGCACAUCACUAG